UUCAGUUUAGUUGCAUGCUGAUCGUCGAAGGAAAAAGUGAUUGGGUGCGCGCUUGUUGCGAGAGAUUUCUUUUACACUGUUCAGAUUUGCUCCAGAGCCAAAGUCAGUGAGUUAGUACUUCCUAUUUAGUGCGAGUCAUCGUCGUCGUCGUCGUCAUCAACAUCACCGUCAGUACCGUCACACCUUAGAGGACCUAUUUCCGGUUUGCUAGUUUCAUACUCCGAUACCUUCAUCGAAAUGUCUGAGGGAAAAACCUAUUCGCUGGCCGAAAUCAAAGCCCACAACACGAACAAAUCAACCUGGAUCGUGAUCCACAAUGAUAUUUACGAUGUGACAGAGUUCCUCAAUGAGCAUCCCGGUGGCGAGGAGGUGUUGUUGGAACAGGCCGGCAAGGAAGCGACCGAAGCCUUCGAGGAUGUCGGCCACAGCACCGACGCCCGGGAGAUGAUGAAAAAGUUCAAAAUCGGGGAACUGAUCGAGUCGGAACGGAAACAGGUCCCGGUCAAGAAGGAGCCGGACUGGAGCACUGAGCAGAAAGACGAAAACUCCUUGAAAUCCUGGGUUGUGCCGCUGAUCCUGGGACUGCUAGCUACCAUCAUUUAUCGGUUCUACUUUACUCAGUAAUUAGUUUAGCCUUAGUUUCGAUAAAACUGUGCCGAACUUUCAUUCCGCGUCAAAGGGCUAGAAGAGUAAUCAUACACAGAAAGCACACAUACAAGCUCUUACAUUUUGGAUCCAGAAUUCGAAAAGCUUCAACUCUAGUUUAUGUACGACAAAGUUUUUUUUUUUUCAAGCGUAAGGGAAAAGGACGAGGAAAUCUGGAACUACAGAUUGGAUGUAGCACCCAGCUAUGAGAUUUUCUUAUUUAAAAACUGCACCUCCAUCGAAAACAGGUCAGAGGCAUUUCAUUUAGCAUUCAAGAAUUUAGUCUGUCUAUCAGUGAAAGUGAUUUGGUGAAUAAUUGUUCUAAUUCUAGUUUUUUUGUGGUAUGGAUAAAGGUUCUUAAAAAAACAAUCUACUAAACAAAACACUGGACGAUAGUUUACAAAUUUUUAUUGUUAAAUCAUACCCUUGUUUAACCAAAUUAUUCGGGAAUAAAACUAAACUUAGAUUUAUAAAAA